CUGGCCAUAGAAAGAGGAGGGAAAAGGGAACUUUCCAGAAUGAAGGUACUGAUCAGUGUGCUGUUCUGCAACUUUGCUUCCCUAAUGCUUCAGGUCCAGGGAAACAAUUAUCGGUUUUAUGGCAUCCCACACCAGAGAAUUUCACCGGGAAGAUACAACCAGCCACCACUCCAUGUAGCCAGUCCUCCGGCCGUAAAUAACAUAGCCAGUCCAGCUUCAACAGGAGGAAUCUGUAAAAGUCGUCCAAUGGAUCUAGUGUUCAUCCUUGACAGCUCCCGAAGUGUCCGUCCUGCUGAAUUUGAGAAGGUCAAGGUCUUCAUUGCUGAUAUGAUCGACACUUUGGAAAUUGGAGCCGUGGCCACACGGAUUGCAGUUGUCAAUUAUGCCAGCACAGUCAACAUAGAAUUCCAUCUUAAAAGCUACUUCAACAAGUUAGAUAUUCAGCGGGCCAUCUCCCGUAUUCCUCCUUUAUCUGCUGGAACAAUGACUGGGUUAGCCAUUGAAGCAACUAUGACCAAUGUUUUUACUGUAGAAUCUGGAGCACGGCCUAAGCACUUGAACAUUUCCAAGGUAGCCAUUAUUGUAACAGAUGGAAGACCCCAGGAUAAAGUCCAAGAUGUUGCGGCUAGAGCCAGAUCCAAUAACAUUGAAAUUUAUGCAAUUGGUGUAGACAGAGCUGACAUGCAGUCUUUGAGGCUCAUGGCCAGUGAGCCCUUGGAUGACCAUGUGUUUUAUGUGGAAACCUAUGGUGUAAUUGAGAAGCUGACUUCCAAAUUCCGGGAAACUUUAUGUGGUAAAGAUCUGUGUGCAGGCGAUCAUGGAUGUCAGCAUAUCUGUGUGGACAUCAGAACAUCCUAUUACUGCAAAUGUAAAGAAGGAUACAUACUGAAUGAAGAUAAGAAAACCUGUUCAAGAGUGGAUCCCUGUGCCCUUGGGAAGCAUGGAUGUCAGCAUAUCUGUGUGGCCAACCAAACAUCGUAUUACUGCAGGUGUAAUGAAGGUUUCAGACUCAAUCCAGACAAGAGAACUUGUUCAAAGGAACUGAAGACAGCACCAGUUGUUGUAGACCCAUGCAAAUGUGAAGCUCAGCUUGAAUUCCAGAGAAAAGUAAAUGGAGUCAUUCAAACUCUGACUAGAAGACAUAUCCUUUAA